AUUCCGGGAAAAGGUGGACGGACGUUUCGUCGCCUGUAUUUGAGCAAAAUAACUGCACCGUUCUUAUAGCUGUUGUAUCACAAACCUACCGCAGUACCUGGUGACUGAAAAUUCAUAUUUGUUUACAGUGACACGGUCGUGGUCAGAGUGUUUGCAACAGCAGAACAAAGCAGGACAAUGACUUCAGACAGCAGAGCCAGCAAAGCCCUUAAGGUGAAGAGGGAGUGCGGGGAGAAUGUUCCGGUGCUCUCAGACAGUGAACUGAUGUCCCUGUCGGUGCGCGAACUGAACUUGCACUUGCGCGGCUUGUCGAGGGAAGAGGUACAGAAACUGAAGCAGAGGCGACGCACGCUGAAGAACCGCGGUUACGCGGCCAGCUGCCGCGUCAAACGCGUGUCGCAGCGCGAAGCUUUGGAGCAGCAGAAGAAGGAGCUGCAGAGGGAGGUGGAGCGACUGGGGGCGGAGAACGCGGGCAUGCGGCGCGAGCUGGAGGGCCUCGGCGCCCGACUUGCCGCCCUGCAGAGGUUCGCCCGAGGCCUGGAGUCUGGAGGAGGCAGCCUGUUGGCCACGGCUCCACGUCUCAACACGGCCUCUGUCAUCACUAUCGUAAAGAGCCCUCAGCAGGGACAUGCCCAGAGAGAGCAGAAGGCAUCCUAGGGCUGACUCAUACUAAUAGGACAUACACCUACACCAACCAUACAGACAUACAGACAGGACAGUUAGACAGGAACACACUGACUGAUUGACUUCUGGAGGAUUAAAGAGAUUCCUUUUAGGUAGUUAUUCAUAUCUGAAUACACUGUAUUGUAUUCUCGACACACACAUAUGUUCAUAUUUAAAACAAAGAUGUAUACAUUGACAGACAGCACUGGACAGCUGACAGAUAUAAUGGGAGCGUUUAUAGUACACUCACUCACACAGGAGACAGUGACUAAGACUUUACACCGCAGACUCUGUCCAUGUCGCUGAAUGUUUUCUCCUAUUGGUCCUUACAAAAAAAAAUUCAGUCUGCACUUUUCAUCAUGGCAUUUAUUUUUCAGCCUGUGUGCGCGGGCAAACUCUUCAUUUACGUAAUUAUUUUUUUUUCUGACCUGUUUCAUCAAUAUUAUGCUGGCCUCAGGACCAUGUCAAUGCAAUGUACGUCUGGCUUUUU